CAAACGACAAUGAACACCCGCCAAAACAAAACCCCUCUCGGAGUCUCGGUGAUCGGGAAAAAAAAACAUUUUCUUCCCCCAAAUAAGUAGCCAUUUUUGCCUCUAUGAAUGCUGUGCGUCUCUCCAGUUAACAUCAUGAAGAAAGCUCAGCCCCUUAGAAAGCUAACCACGAAAACCUCAAAGAAAACCACCAAUUCUUCUUCACCCAAACCCCUCAAACUCAAGCGCAAACCCAUUCGCAAACCUAGUUCAGAUUCUCAAGAAAAUCACCCCGUCCCCGCAAUUAGCUCCUCCCUCUCGCUCUUCUUGGAUAAAUGGCCAAUCUUGGCCCAAGAUUUCUUCCAAAUCGACGCACUUGAUCUCGCCCCGCGUUUGCUCGGCAAGUUUCUCAGGAGAGACGAUGUUGUUCUUCAAAUUACUGAGGUGGAAGCUUAUAGGCCUGAUGAUUCUGCUUGCCAUGGUCGAUUUGGAGUAACAGCAAGAACUGCCCCUGUAUUUGGUCCUGGUGGACAUGCAUAUGUAUACCUCUGCUAUGGUCUCCACAUCAUGCUCAAUGUUGUAGCAGACAAAGAAGGUGUUGGAGCAGCUGUCUUGAUUCGUUCUUGUGCUCCCAUCACUGGGUUGGGAACAAUUCAAAGGCGACGUGGUUUAGAAACUGAGAAGCCUGUUCUUCUUACUGGGCCUGGAAAGGUUGGUCAAGCAUUAGGGUUAUCAACGGAAUGGUCUAACCAUCCGCUAUACACUGCAGGUGGUUUAGAAAUUUUGGAUGGACCGGAGCCUGAACAAAUACUUGUCGGUCCUAGAGUUGGUAUUGAGUACGCUUCUCCUGAACAUGUUAGUGCAUUAUGGAGAUUUGCAGUUGGAGGUUCGUCUUGGAUUAGCGCUCCUAAAAACACUCUCAGACCUCCUUAAAAUCGUGUUGCGCUAAUGUUUUGUGUAUAUAGAAGACAGACUUUUUGUUUUUGCAUUUACAAGAAAGGAAAUGAAUGAAGAUUGUUAUUGCUUCAGUCUACUUUUGUGA